AUGUUGUGUCCCCCAGGGUGGAGGGCACUGCCCUGGGCCACACUGCUGCUCCUCUUGUCUCUCCAGCCCCAGGUGAGCUACACUUGGUGUUCCGAGGAGGAUCUCAGAAGCGAUCAGCAGCAAGGCAGCAACCCGGAGCUCUCUGCUGCAGUGCGCUUGGCCCUGGCCAUGUUCAACCAGCAGAGCAAGGAGGAGAAUGUCUACCGGCUGGAGCGCAUCCUCAAUUUUCAACUGAAGACGGUUGAGAGUCCUGGGAGAGUACUGUCCACGCAGCUGCUGCUCCGCAGAACCGUGUGUAGGAAAUCUGAGAGAAACACUGACUCCUGUCCUUUCUACCCCAGCCUGGAGCCCAGAAGUACCUUCAACUGCUCCUUCACCAUCCGCUCCCAGCACCAGGAAGCCCAGCUCAGCAUCCUGAGGAAGACGUGCUCCAUAGUGCACCCCAGCCAGUGA